AGCUGACCACCACCCUCAGGUUGCUGUCGAAGAGGCUGGGAUGCUGUCAAUCUGCUUUGGUGUGAUGAAUAAAAGGCGGCAUUCCUGAAAGCGCAAAGUGAGGUCCAAACAAGGUGGUAGUGACUGAACAAGAACAAGCGAAACGUGGAACAACAUGGUUCAACUGGCGUAGGCUAUGGAACAUCUGUUUUGCGCAUACUGUAGAUGAGGAUACGCCCUCCAUACUUCAAGAAAUGGCUUCGUUUCCUUUUCCAAGCCGCCGCGGAGGCCUUGCCUAAAGACCUUGGGCCACAGCACCUAGUGGCUUUCCUUUCGGCUUGUGCCAACACCGACUGCGGACCACGGUCCACGACACCACCGACUGCGGACGGUGUCACCCAGCGCCUGGGACAACGUCUGGCGAAGGUGGUCACGGCGUUGAGCGAGGCACAGCUGGUGAGGGCGACCAAGGCACAGCUGAAGAUCACAGAGGUGCGCAGCCCAAGGGGCUGUACUGUACCUGGGACAUCAAGGUUGUGGAUGCACGAUCCUGCAAGAAUCAAUACUACACUGCCAACCAAUGAAUCAAUCAGUCAGUCAGUCAACCAGUCCACCAGUCAGCAGUCAACCAGUCAGCCAGUCACUCAGUCAGUCUGUCCUGUCAGUCAUUCAGUGAGUGAGUGAGUGAGUCAGGCUGGCUGGCUGGCUGUGUUUGUCUGCCUGGCUGUCUGCCUGCCUGUUUGUCUGCCUGGGUGCUUAUGAUUGAAAAGCGAGCAUGCAGCCUGGUGACCGGUACAGCAAGGAGGUACUGAUUUCAUUUCCAAGUCCACAUUUUCACACAGGAAGGGUCCAGGAAUGGUUGGCUUGGUCUUUUGGGGGUGCCCACCACGUUGUCUUGACCAAUGAAGCCACGAGGCCGAAAGCCUCGGCCAGGAGUGCCAUGGCGCCACCCUUUGCAGCCAGGCCGUGCAGCUCUCGGAAGAGGACGUGCUAUUGCAUGCGAUCUGCGAUGAGCUCUUGUACCGCAACUGAAGAAGUUCCGAACCAUUUGUUCUUGAGCCGCGGUCCAGAAGAUACAGUAGGCCAUGUCGACUGUCAUCUUGAUGUUUCACAUUGUUUCACUAUGUUAACAUAGCCCCUCGACCUCCGAGGCACCGACCUUCGGUGUCUCCCAGCUGUGCCUCGCGCAUCGCGUGCGCUCUGGCGGAGUCGCAACACCGGAGGCUCUUCGCCAGAUUGGAGCCCAUCCUUGCUCAGAAAGCAGGUCACUUGCUUCCCCAUCAUCAAGCACGCCUAGCGCAUGCGGCUGAGCUAGCGUUUGGCAGGCACGGGGCUGUUCAGGACAUGUCGUAUUAUAACCCUCCCAGUUGGGAUCUAGUUUCAAAGCUGGACAAAUAGAACAUGCUUUACAAACAGAGUUUGUGGUCGCGCCGUAUCACGACAAAAAGCAACCCAACCCCAAUCGAAAAGCAACAAGACAAUGACAGUCAUGCAACCAUCAAAGGAAAGACACAUAAGGGCCAGUAGAUUGCACAUUUAUAUAAUAU